GCUUCCCAGAAAAGAAGCAAGUCCAAGAAGCGCAGCAAGUCCAAGAAGCGCAGCAAGUCCAAGGAGCGCAGCAAGUCUAAGAAGCGCAGCAAGUCAAAGAAGCGCAGCAAGUCUAAGAAGCGCAGCAAGUCUAAGAAGCGCAGCAAGUCCAAGAAGAGCAGCAAGUCCAAGAAGCGAAGCAAGUCCAAGAAGCGCAGCAAGACUAAUAGUGAAGCAAGUCCAAGAAGUGCAGCAAGUCUAAUAGUGCAGCAAGUCUAAUACUGCAGCAAGUCCAAUAGUGCAGCAAGUCCAAUACUGCAGCAAGUCUAAGAAGCGUAGCUAGUCCAAUAGUGCAGCAAGUCCAAUAGUGCAGCAAGUCCAAUAGUGCAGCAAGUCCAGUAGUGCAGCAAGUCCAAGAAGCGCAGCAAGUCCAAGAAGCGCAGCAAGUCCAAUACUUCAGCAAGUCCAAUACUGCAGCAAGUCCAGGAGUACAGCGAUUCUUAACUUAUAAUCACGAAUACCGCUCAGAAUAUCGAUAAAAAUCUCAUAAGUGAAACCAAAACU